AUGGCAUCAUCAAUCGACAACGGAUCAGACCAGACGACGACCCCCCCUGCUACCAAACGACGGCGAAUCGCCUUAGCAUGUACUGCUUGUCGUCUGCGCAAAACCAGAUGCGAUGGUGUACGCCCAUCGUGUGCAUCAUGUGUUUCUCUUCGAUUCCAGUGCCAGUAUGAGCCUGGGGAUUCCGUUGCCAACGUCAUCGUUCGCAAGGAAUACAUGUCGGAUUUGGAUUCGCGUGUUUCCGAUGUUGACUCGCGUGUUUCCAAUGUUGAGCAAAUGGUCCAACGACUAAACUAUGUUCUCGAAGGCCAUCUCUCUGCCUGCGCCGGGGAUGCUCGGUAUCGUCCUUCCGAAGGGUUGUCGACUUUGCAGUCGUUGUCGGCUUCGGAACAGACCAAGGAAGGCCUUCCGCAUGCGGCUGGUCUUGAGGAGCCGCAAGACGAGGAUGCUACAACUAACGGCAUGGCCAUGACCUUCAUAGAGGAGCACACCUCGGCUUUCUUUGGCGGCUCUUCCAACAUCAACUUCACACGUCUCCUCCUUGAUGCGGUGAAUCAUAUUCGCAGUUCUGCACGGCGAGCAGAGGUCACUGGACACCCAGGUCAUGCCCUCAACGAAAAGAACCUGGCCAAGGCCUCCCGGCCUUACGCAAACCCAGUUGCGGUAUCACCACCCGCAGCACCCAAAGCAAUGACUACUCUCCCAUCGGCCGAAGAGAUGGACCGCAUGCUCGACGUGUAUUUCAACACCGGCGGCAAAGUAUUCCCCUUCAUUCAUGAAGAAUCAAUGAGGGAAACCUAUGAGGAUUGCAAGGCGAACGGUUGGACGAGGGUCCGCAGGACGUUUUUGGGCAGCCUCAAUGUCAUAUUCGCCAUGACAUCGGCUUGGGACCGGGAUGCCAUUUCUUCGGCCCGAGAACGCCAGGAGAAGUCCAACGUCUUCCUCAAGAGAGCAAAAGAUCUCUGCGGCGAGCUGUCGAUGCAGGUCAUAAGCCUCGAGAACGUCCAGUAUCUCGUUCUUCUCGUCAUUCACUGUCAGGGCGUCCAACGUUCAACGCAGGCCUGGAAUUAUCACGGGGUCGUUGUCCGAUCAGCCAUGGCUCUGGGCCUUCACAGCGCCCAGGCUCGGAGGGGAUUUGACGAGUUACAGGCCGAGUAUGGUCGACGAACAUGGAUUGUGAUAUACUGCAUGGAUAAGGUUCUGAGUGUUGCCUUUGGACGGCCAGCCAUCAUCCCCGACGAGUACAUGGUGGACCAGCCGUCGCUAUCCGAGCUUGUCUUGCCAUCUCCUGACGGAUCACUCGACGGCGUUGAUGUUCCCGGCGAUUUUCUCGGCGUCUCCUUCCGGCUAUAUCAAAUCAUGAGCGGCUCUCUCAGACAGCAAUACGGCGGCAAUAUCGACAACUUCGAACCCGAGCCGGAUGACAUGGCGCCUCUGCAGGCUUCGGGUCAGUUCAAAAAGCAACUCCGGUUGUGGUCCACCAGCCUACCGCCGUACCUGCGGCUAUGCGAAUCCAAAUCGAAGACGCUCCUGGAUAACAGCGAGGUGAAUCGCCUUAGGGUCAUUCUUACGCUGAGAUACCACAACAUCAACAUCCUGAUUCACCGACCGCUCCUCAGCAACACCAUUCGACACCAUUUCGGCGGCGGUCAAACGUCCGUCGGCAGCCCAUCUUAUCUCAUCCAGCUUGCGAUGGGAGAGGCACACGAGUGCAUUCGCUCGGCGCAAAGCACCAUUGAGAUUGUGUAUGCCAUUCUCACUGCCGACCAAACGGGGAAUAACAACCUUGGCGUGGGCUACUACACACUUUAUUAUGUCUUCACAGCUUCUUUGGUCAUCCUUGGCCGGAUUCUCUGGACGCAGCAUGGGCCCGGCGGAGUAGACGAGACAUCCUUGGCGACUUGCAAGACUCUCUUGGGACAAGUGCAGAUCAUUCUUCAAAAGCUGGACCAUGACAACAGUCUGGUCUGCAGCUGUUCAAGAUACAUCAGCAACAUGUUGGAAGUAUGCACAGCUCAAGAUGCCACUGCCACGAUUCAGAACGAGGGGCCGGAUGAUCCUUCAACGAUAAUCGGCCCACGAUUCGAGCAUCAACCAACGUCUGCUUCUGCUCCGAAUCCUUUGGAAACGAUGAUGCAUCUCGGCAUAGGAGACAUGGAGAUGUUCCACCUCUAUUCAUCAGAGGUCUACGACCCACGCCUCUUUGAGGGCUUGGAUAGGCUAUAUCCAGUCGGCCACGGCCACGGCGAGGAAUACUGA